AAGAUGUCUCAAUCGGAGUGUCGAAAUCGUGUCACUGGAGUAGAAGUCGGGGACUCCGUGUGCAGCGAUCCUCAACGGCCAGAACCAUCGGUGCUACUCUGCAACCUGUCGCACACCUGUCCACCAAGGUGGAUCACCGAUGACUGGAGUCCAUGUAGUCGUCUCUGUGGACCUGGCUACUGCGAGUACAUGGUGGUAUAUGCGGAGGAUAAUAAUGACAUCAAGACAACGCUCUUAAAUAAUUCGUCGCAAGCAGCAAGGCGCUCGUGAAAGAAAUUGACGUUCAAAAAAUUAUCGAUAGAACGAGAGUUUAUCGAAAUGAAGAUUGGCAUGAAGAGCUGAUUGGUGUUUCAUUCUUCAUCAUGGAUCGGAGAUGCACAUCUGCGGGUGCUAAGAUUAUACAGUACAAAAUAUAGUGUUCAGCCAGAGAAUAACCAAGCAAACUAUGAACCGUUAUAUCAGCACCUGAAAUCACUUUCGUCUUUCGCGAAAUAAAAAAUUCUUGUCAACAUCUAUAUCUAUAUAAAUAAUAGAAAUCACAAUUGUUAGAG